AUGGCCUCCCACACCAGGGAGAUCAAGCGCUCCGAGUGGACGCAUGGGGGGUACUUCCCCCUCGGCCGGGUCGCCGUGGAGGAGGGCGGCGGCGUCCUCGGGUGGCGCCAGGCGCUCCGCGCCCUCUACGUGAAGAUCGCGCGGAGCUCGGAUCCGCCACCCGCUCGCGCGGGCAAUAGGGCGCUCGAUUCUGGUUGCGGGGCGGCACCCGAGGGCUUCAGUCGCUACUUCAACGAGGCCUGGACCUUGCACGAGCAGUGGGAGCAGCAGGACAGCUCGGCGGCAGCGGCCAGCGCUGGCGCGGCGGCGGCGGCCAGCGCUGCGCAGGCAGCGCUCGCGGCGCCAACGGGGGGCACCGCGGCGCCAGCGGGCGGCGCCUCUCCGCCAGAGGCUGGCGCCGCUGAGGCAGCGCUGGUGGAUGAGCAGGGCGGCGCGUCGUCGGCCGCCGCGAGCGCGGGCCAGGGCAGGGCCACUGGCAAGGGCACCAAGCGCAGCAAGGGCGCGCAGGGCGAGGCAGGCGACGGCACCGCCGUCGUGGACCCGCCGAAGGAGACGGCCGCGCAGAAGCGCGCCCGCCUCGAGAGGGAUCAGCAGGGCGCGGCUGCGUCGUCAGGCGACGCCGUCGCCGACGAGAAGAAGACAGCCGCGAAGUUGGCGAAGGAUGGCAAGGACGCCCUGCAGCGCUACUCGAACACCACCAGGCAGGCGAACCACAUGGUGAUGAACGUGGAGAAGCAGCCGACGUGGGCCUGGGCUUCCAGGGACCAGGAGUUCAUCGACAUGAAGGAGCUGCUCACCAAGAUCACACACGACGUAAUGACGAGCACGUUGCUGAGCUCUGCCGUCUCCGUGGAUUGGCCGAAGCUGAAGGCGGCGGUGGGCGCGGGCAACUACAAGACGGUCCUGACCUCGCUGGUGGGGCUCACCUCCGACCUUUCGAAGAUCGACGGGCACCUGAAGAUCCUCCUCGGCAGCUACGAGCUUCGCCAGCAGCGCGAGGCGGAGCGGCUCAAGCAGUUGCAGAGCUCUUGUAGGGCAUGCGAGAUUGUCGUGCUGCUGAACACAGCUGAGCACAAGACGGCUCUCUUGAGAUCACUGAAGUGGUCGCAGCCGCCGAAGAAGAUCGGCGGUCGAUUGAUAUUCACCGAUGCGGUGAUAAACGGGGUAAGGCUGGGCGUCGGUGACAGGCUAGCGCCGUCUCCUGAGCUGCUCGACAUCGCGAAGCUCGAGGAGCUAGAUGUGCCCACACGCGUGAUUUUCUGGCGCGCCACCUUGGACGGCGACAGCCCCCCCAAGGUCAUGGACCCGGUGAGCUACAGAUGUCCCUUCUUUGACCGCGACCUCCGCACAUCUCCCGCCAUGAGCCUGGCUGUGGACAGUCUCCACACAAUCUCCUUGGGCGUGGGCAUGCGGUGGCUCUCCGCAGUUAUGUGGCGCGUUCUAUUCCGAAAUCCGUGGAGGAUGGGGGGGUCGUCGGCCGAGCAGAUCCUGAUAUCAGGUGUGGGGGUGCUGAACGCGGAGCUGGAGCGCUGGCAGACCGAUCCUGCGAAUGCCGUGCCGUCGUUCCUGAUAUUCCUGGCCGCCACGCGGGGGGUGAAGUGGGCAAUCGAGCAGCCUCUGAAUUCGAUAUUCUUCCACGUCGUCACCAUCUCCGAUGACAUUUUCAAGACCGCUGCAGAGAGGGUCAUCACCAGCGCACAGCCAUGGGGCGCCGAGCGCCCACCAUGGUGGGCGCAUGGCGGGUGGCAUGUCCCGCGGAACCCCUUGCCGCUGCACUUGUGGGAAGCGUCCUUGCGGGACGUGCCGCCCCUUGGGCGGGCCCGCGUGCCCAUGCGUUGGGCGCUUGUGGCGAUCGACCCAUGCGACGACAACAAGCCCGCCACCGCCACCCUCGGGUGGUUGGACGAGAACGGGUUCAACCGGACGCUGCUGGAGGGUGCUCUCGCGCUGCUCGCGAUGGCGGCUUUUCCCGUCACCUGGCGGCCGCUAGCGCUGACGAUGUGGUGCAUGAUGCACAACGGCUUCAAGAUCGGCAAGGACGGCUUCACCCCAUAUUUUCGACGUUUCGGCCGCCAUCCUGAGUUCCGGCAGUGCCCCUUCGGCGCUCUCGUAUUUGUGGCGCCGCGGGAGAAGGGAGUCAAGCAGCCCAGGUGGCAGGAAAAGAUGCUACCCUACGUGCUUGCCGGCAUCGGGAUUGGCCCUUUCUUCGACUGGAACAAGACGUACGCCGUCGUCCCUCUCCGCAGGCUGCUGGGCGAUUAUCGGCCAUCGCGGUCAUCUAUUAGAUAUUCUGCCGAGGUCUUCUUCCCCGAGCGCGUCACCUUCCCAGCGAAGCAACGCAACGAGUACGACGGCGAGCUCGCGGAGAAUGCGCCCAAGCUGGUGCCGGGCAACUUCGUCGAAGACAUUGUGCUGGACCCCGAGAACCUGGCCGACUCCGGCGGCGACCAAGAUGACUGGCUUGGAGCUGAUGCCCAGUUUAUCGCUGAAGAUGUUCUCGCCGGCAUGGGGCCGGAGCCGGAGCCCCUCGACGAGGCCGAGGUCAAGGCUGCAGGGGGGCGCCCGCCGACCGGCUGGAGGAUCGACACGUUCGGCAGCCGAGCGGUCUCUGUCCCGCCAUGGUCGCGGAGGCCUCCCACCGUCUACCCGGAGGCGUGGGUCAUGAUGAGCAAGGGGGACCAGAACAAGCUGAGGGACGAGUGGAAGGAGAAGGAUCCAGAUGGAUUCAAGAAGCAGGUACCCCUCAGGAGCCGGCGGCGGCACGGUCCGGGGGUGGGGGACCCCGGCCGCCUGAGGCAGCACGGGCAGCGGAUGCCGCCCAACAGCCUGACCAACAACCAGAAGCAGUUCCAGCACCUGGGUACCCUGGCUAUCCGCCUGGCCGAGGAGACCGACCUUACAUUGAAGGAGACCCGCCGUGCUCUACAUGGUGUGGUCCGGGAGGCCUACCUCAAUGGGUGUGCAAUUUACGUCUGGGCGUCGACGCCGAGCACGGCCGGGAGCCCGAGGCAGCACGUCGACGCUGGGCCUGGCGGUGCCCGUGGUGACGUGGAUCUUUCUGACAAGCUCAUACAGACCACCAUUUCUAUUUGCAGGCACGCGGCGAGAUACGGUGGCUGGAUUUUCUGGGAGCGGCCUCCUACGUCCAAAUUCUGGCACCGCCAGGACGUCAUCGACUUCGCGCAGUACCUCGAUGCUGGCAGCCGGGACGUCUCGACCGCAGCGCUCGGGAUGAAGUUUGUCGUGAAGCGCGGCGGCCAGGAGAUCGAGCAAUAUCUCAAGCAGAAGUGGAGGAUCAUGUCGAACCACGCGGAGUUUCUUCGACGAUUGGAGCCGUACCAGGACGUUCCGGACCUCCCCGAGGACAGCUUCAUCGAGUGCACGGGCAAGAUCGCCAAGGACAGCGCCAACUACACGCGGGAGCUGGCGGAGGUUUUUUGGAGCAUCGUCAAGGUUGUGCCCAGCCUAGACCACCGCGAUGACGGGGUUGGUGCAGAGCCACCUGUGUGGUCGUGCUUGAUUACACGGAAGAUCAAUCUGAAGUCAGCCGAGGCUCGAUCCGAAGCCGCUCUGAAGGCCAUCGAAAAGGAGCUGGCUGGCCAUCGGAGCCGGCAGACUUGGUCCGAGACGGAGGUCCGGGAGUACAAGGACCUGAUGAAGGACCCAACGAUUCCGGAAGUCUUGCACGGCCGCGUCUUCGGCAUCAUGGGCGAGAAGAACGCCGAGGGCGACGACGCCUCGAUCAAGUUCCGGGCGGUCUUCCAGGGCAGCCAGGUGAGGACAAAAACGGGCGUCGACGCCGUCGACCUGUACCAGGAGGUUUCGAGCAGCCCGGUGAGCUUCGCAGCGGUGCGCUGCACUCUUGCGAUCGCCGUGCUGCUUCAGCUCCAGGUGUCGGUUUGCGACGCCCUGCAGGCGUACCUUCAGGCAUCGAUCAGCGGGCCAGGGCGAGUUCCCACGUGGGUCGAGAUCCCACGGGAGUGGUGGCCGUCGAGCUGGUACCACAACGGGGACCGGUCUCGCCCCAGGUUCGUUCGACCGGUAUGCCUUCUGCUCCGAGCUCUUUACGGGCAUCCGGAAGCAGGCGCACUCUGGGAGCACCUGUUCGAGGGCAUCCUGAAGGCAUUGCACUGGGAGCCGGUGGCUUCCUGGCCUGGGGUCUUCCUUCACCCGGACGGUAGCAUUCUCAACGUGUACGUCGACGACGUGCUCCUGGCAGCGGCUAUCGGGAGGGCCGCCGCGCAUUGGAGGGACCUCUUCAAAGCCAUCGACUUUAAGGACGACGCGGCGGACAUCUCUCGGUUCGUGGGGGCCCACUACUUGCUCGACCCGUUCCGGGAGGAGGAGCCGUUGGCAGCGCGUCGCAUGCAGAUCUCGAUGUCUGGGCACACUGCGAAGAUGUGCGACCGGUUUGUGGCUGACACCGGCAUCGCCUUGAACAGGGCAGUCGACACGCCGUACUUGUCGAACGAGGCGUGGAACGACGACAACGAGCAGACGGGGAAGUUCGCACCGAUUGCGCCCUCUCACGCAGCCUCUGCCUUGUUCCUGUACCGCGUCGGCAGGCCGGACAUAGCCGCGGCCACCCAGCGCCUCUGCAGCAAGGUAUUUGCUUGGACCGUCGUGCACGACAAGGCCCUCAUCAGGCUCAUGCUCUAUGCCGCCUGCACGGCGAAGGCUGUGCUGCGCGGGGCGUUGUCGCCGUCUGAUCUGGCCACGCUGCUGCUAGUCUGCUACUCGGACGCUGACCUGAAUGGCAAUUCGGAGACCACCAAAUCUGUCUCGGGCUGGUGGGUCGAGCUCUUCUCUCCCGAGAGUGGGAACACGUUUCCGCUGAGCUGGGGAGUAUCGACACAGACAUCGACCAGCUCGGCCACUGCCGAAUCCGAGACGGUUGCCUUCAGUCACGCUCUGCGCCGGGAGGCGAUCCCGUUGCAGAUGUUGCUUGAAGAGGCUUUUGGCCAGCAUAUCCACAUAGUUUGUCGCAUCGAUAAUAUGCAAACUAUUCAGUGUGUAGCAAAAGGUUACAGCAAGAAGCUCAGACACUUACCACGUACCCAGCGGAUCUGUCUUGGGGUGCUUCACGAGAUGGUCACAAACCCCGACCUGCGCAUCGCUAUGGAGCAUUGCCCGACAUUGGCCAUGAAAGCGGACCUGUUCACGAAGACGUUGAACUCGGCACGGUACGCGACGGCCUUGGACAUGAUCGGGCUUGAUGUCACAGACGGGCGCUACCUCAAACGCGUCCGCGUGAGCGUGGACUCGCACCUCCGGGUGCACUUCGGCACCCGGGAGGCUGGAGACGUGCACGGCGCGGCCGGCCUGAGCGCGAGCUGGGUGCACUCGACCUGCACAGCAAGGAUGGGCAGCCUUCCCCAGGGCGUGCCCACUGCUUGCGUUGGCCGCGCCGACGAGGAGACGAAGCCUGCGCACCUGGCCUCCACCGUCAGCGGCGAUCCGCUUCAGCUGAGCAUCUGCCAGCUGACCGGGCAGCUCGCAGAGCACCUCGGCGCCGUGCCGCCGCAGGGCCGCGAGCCCAAGUGGACCGUUGAGCCGUGGCCCAGUCGGGCGUCGGAGCUGCGGCCCCCCGCCGCGGCGCCUGCGCCACAGGCAGCCGCGGCCGACGCGGCUGCUGCCGCGGCGGUUGGGGCCGAGGCAGAGGAGCGUCCGCCCGUGCACACCCCCGAGCACGCCGAGGGGGUGCCUGCGGGGCGCGGCGAUCUCCGCGAGACGAUGAACCAGCUCACGGAGCAGCUGCGGGGCCUGGUGCACAGCUUCGAGGGCGGUGGCGCGGCCAGCCCGGAGGGAGCGGCCUCGGCGCCGGCUGCGGCCCUCGAGCCGCGGGCUCGGCAGCCGCGCUCCCGCGCGAGCUCCUGA